UAGAUGAACAAAGUGUAAUGAAACGAAUAAGUGUAGCAUUCAACGCUGUUGCCUUUGCGUUCUGAAGGUUCCAGGUUCGAAUCCCAUUCCUGCAAGUCAGUGCUCUUACCCUGAAUUGAUAUGGUCCGAAUAAAUCGGAUAAAUUGAAAAAUGAUUCUCAAUUCGAUCACCUCACGUUGUAAACCGCCUUGACAAAUACGCAACAAUGUUAAUAAUUACUCAGAAAGGAGGAAACAAGGUUACUGGUGACGUUACAGCGCUCACCACGGUAUGUGGGUAUGCGGUGUGAAGUGCCGCCGUCAGAUGCCAUUUUCUCUUUUGUGCUGUUAUUGUGUGUGUGUGUGCGCGCGCGCGCGCGUGCGUGCGUUGCCAGUUUCCCUGCGCGUGCUUCUGUGUUUCAAACCCAGCAGAAAGCCCGCCGGUUCUCCCCUAUUAGAUCCCACAGGUGCCCCUUUGUUCCCCGAGCCGCGCGGUGACGAGUCACGAGCGAAGUUUCUAUGGCGAUCCCGCGCGGCGCUCGUGCCAAAAGGAGCCCCGUCAGCAGAGCGCGGCGCCAAAAUCCGGCGACCAGAUGGAUCGUCUCGUGCUGCAGCGCAGAGAGAGCGCGCGCCGCUCCUUAGGCUGAGCGCGAUGAUGUGGCUUUUUACCGACCGCGUCCGGUCACAGUGAACCCGCCGCGGCUGAGAGCGGUGCAGUUGCUCAUAUCGACAGUGUGUGUUUUUAAAACUUGUUUUUUUUUUUUUUUGUUUGUUUGUUUGUUUGUUUUUAUUUUUUCGUUUUGAAGAAGAAUAUCAUGGCGCAAAUGAGGAGAGACGACAGAACACCGGCGCCCAAGAGCCUGGACUCCCCGCAGGGCUCCCGCAGCGGCCUCUACUUCGGCGACGGCAAGAGGAAAGUGGACUACGUGCUCGUGUACCACUACAGGAGGAGGCGCGCGUCCCUCCGCGGCUCGCCGGGUCACCACAGGUUGUCCAUCAUCUCCAACGGCAGCUUCCCCGUGUCCGGCGGCGGCGGCGGCGGCGGCGCCAAGAAGGACGCGCAGGACGUGAGAGUGGAGCAGCAGCAGGACGUGGCCGUGGUGGACGUGGGAGCCGCGGACCCCGCGGAGGAAGAGAAACUGCAGAUCCGAGAGGAGUUCGAGGCGAACCUGGCGGACGCCGGCCUCGAGAUCGAGCGCGACAAAGAGCACAAGGUCCAUGGAGUGGGGUUUGUCAGGCUCCAUGCACCUUGGCAGGUCCUGAGCAGGGAAGCUGAGUUCCUGAAGAUCAAGCUGCCCACAAAGAAGAGCUAUGAGCUGAAAGAAGUUAAGGGUUUUUCAGGCAAGAUGAACGCUAUGUGGCGCAAACUCAACCAGCCUUUCCAGCCUAAAGUGCCACAAAUGUUAAGCCAGAGUCGGACUAAGUUCCUCUCCCACUCCUUCUCCAGAGACAAGUUGCACCUCUACAACAUCAAACAGAAGGACACUUUUUUUGACAACGCAACACGCAGUCGAAUAGUAUACGAGAUACUGAGGCGCACUUCCUGCACACGGACCUGCCAGUCUAUGGGUAUCACAACACUAAUAGCUAAUGGUGUCUAUGACUCCGCCUUCCCCUUGCAUGAUGGAGACUUUAAGAGCACUGGAAAGGAGGAGGAAAGGAAUGACAGACAGCUCCUACAUGAUGAAUGGGCAAGAUAUGGAGCCUUUUACAAGUACCAGCCCAUUGAUCUUAUUAGGAAGUACUUUGGGGAAAAGAUUGGCUUGUACUUCGCCUGGCUGGGGGUCUAUACUCAGUUGCUCAUCCCAGCCUCCUUGGUGGGCAUCAUCGUAUUCUUUUACGGCUGUGCCACUGUGGAUACCAAUGUACCCAGCCUGGAGAUGUGUGACGAGAGGCAGAACUUCACCAUGUGCCCGCUGUGCGAUGGAGCAUGUGACUACUGGCACCUGAGCACAGCCUGCAGCACAGCCCGGGCCAGCCACCUCUUUGACAACCCCGCCACUGUCUUCUUCGCCAUCUUCAUGUCUCUCUGGGCUGCCAUGUUUAUGGAGCACUGGAAGCGGCGGCAGAUGAGUCUCACCUAUAGCUGGGACUUGUCAGGGCUGGAGGACGAGGAGGAGCACCCACGGCCAAAAUACGAAAGCAUCCUGCUGAAGAAACGGGAGAAAAAAAAGAUCAAGAAGAUCAAAAAGAAGAAGAAAAAUGAACCAGGCCAAGAGAAGCUGACAUGGAGAGAUAGGCUUCCUGGAUACAUCAUCAAUAUCUCUUCAAUCUUGUUCAUGUUCAGCCUCACUUUCUCCGCUGUGUUCGGCGUCAUCAUCUACCGGAUCACUACCUCAGCGCUAAUGGCCAUGAGCACUGACCCAGAGACCAAGUCCAACGUGCGUGUGACAGUCACUGCCACAGCCGUCAUCAUCAACCUGGUGGUCAUCCUCAUUCUGGAUGAGAUCUAUGGUGCCGUGGCAGUGUGGCUCACAGAGCUGGAGAUUCCCAAAACAGAGACGGAAUUUGAGGAGCGUCUUAUCCUGAAGGCUUUCCUCCUGAAGUUUAUGAAUGCUUAUGCUCCCAUCUUCUAUGUGGCCUUUUUCAAGGGAAGAUUUGCUGGUCGGCCUGGGGACUAUGUCUACAUUUUCAACGGCUUCCGCAUGGAGGAGUGUGCCCCCGGUGGCUGCCUGAUUGAGCUCUGCAUCCAGCUCAGCAUCAUCAUGCUAGGGAAGCAACUCAUCCAGAACAACAUCUUUGAAAUCGGCAUCCCGAAGUUGAAGAAGCUAUAUAGGACGCUCAAGGAGAAAGGGGCAGCGCCAGAGGAGAGUGAUGACCAGCUCGCCAAAACACCGCAGCAGUGGGACCUUGACUAUGACCUGGAGCCUUUUGAGGGCCUGACGCCUGAGUACAUGGAAAUGAUAAUCCAGUUUGGUUUCGUCUCCCUGUUUGUGGCCUCCUUUCCCCUGGCCCCGCUCUUCGCUCUGCUCAACAACGUCAUCGAGAUCCGCCUCGACGCAAAGAAGUUCGUCACAGAGCUGCGGCGGCCCAAUGCCGUGCGAGCCAGGGACAUCGGCAUCUGGUACAACAUCCUCAGUGGAAUGGGCAAAUUCUCAGUCAUUAUAAAUGCCUUUGUCAUCUCUUUCACGUCGGACUUCAUCCCAAGACUGGUGUACCAGUACAUGUACAGUGAGACGGGGACCAUGUACGGCUUUAUUGACCACACGCUCUCCUACUUCAACGUCACCAACUUCAAGCCAGGCACGGCGCCCAUCUCAUCCCAGUAUGACAAAGAGGUCACGGUUUGUAGGUACAAAGAUUACAGGGAGCCCCCAUGGUCUCCCUUGGCCUACCAGUUCUCUAAGCAAUACUGGGCUGUACUGGCUGCCAGACUGGCCUUCAUCAUCCUCUUUCAGAACUUGGUGAUGUUGCUUAGCACGCUGGUGGACUGGGUGAUCCCGGACGUGCCCAAGGACAUCAGUGAGCAGCUGAAGAAGGAGAAGACUCUGCUUGUAGAUGUCUUCCUGCGUGAGGAGAAGGAUAAGCUGCAGCUCAUUCAGAGCCUGUUUCUCAAGGACAAGGACGGAGCUUCCACACCUGCUGCUCUCCCAGCCCAGGAGGGGGAAGCCGGUCCACGGGCGCGCUGCCGUGCUGCCAGCUUCAGCCAGUUUACCCGACAGCCAUCACCUGGGCAGACCGUGAAGCACACUGAGGUGUGAGGGUUGGGUAGUGCAGAGCAGCACAGGGUGGGAGGGGGAAGCGGUGAAUGGGCCCUGGAGGGCCCACAAGGCCUAGGGAUCAGGGGCUAGCAGCCACCCUCGAUCUGUAAAGGCAUUCUCCAUCGCUGAGGCUGAUGUUUAUUUACUUUUCUUCUGUAUGUCUGAAUGUAUGUUACAAAGAGCGGCAUUGGGUCCUUCCCUCCUUUCAUCUCCAACAUUAACUGACGAUUUAAGUUGACUAAUGCGGUUGGCUAAUCUCGCUCUAACUGUAUCUUCACUGGGAGGGCUGGUAGAAAUGUUCGUUCCACCCUGCACAAUGCAAACAAGAAGGACAAACACCAUGAACCUUGAAUGGACAAUGUGGGGACGGAGACAUACAAGAUGGGAUUGUUUUUUUCAUUCGACAAAUAAACCUAUUUCUGAUUAGUGUUUGGAGAUUCACACAAUAUACUUCCAUUGAUAGAAAUGGGCAAAAGGCUGUUGAUGCAGAUAUUCAGUGCUGUUUAGUACCGGCUCACUUAUAUUGUACACAACUAACAAUUGAAGGAAAAUUACAAAACUAAUUUGCUCAGAUAAGAUUUUUCUGUGGAACAUAAAUUCACUUAACAGAGCAACACUUCUCAUUCUCUCAGGUAAUGCCAUUGCGAUAUACGUUUAUUGUUCUGAAAAAGCAUCUUUGUACAAUAGGUCAAGGAAAUUAACAACUGCAUAAAUUUUAAAAUAAAGAACGUCAUAAGUAAUGCUUUUCAACUAUGAAAGUGUAUUUCAUCAUCCUGCGUUUAUACGACGUAGUUUUAUUUCGCUUUCACAAAAGGAGGAUGUGGUGUUGAGUUGGACAAAUUUUUGUUUCCGUGUGUAGGUAUGUACAGCUGUCCGUGUGCGUGGGAAAAUCUGUAUACUGUGAGUGUGUGUGUGCACGUGCGUGCAUGCAGUGUAGGAUCAGAGCAGCGGCGCCCGUAUCUCAACAUUUGAUACUGCAUUGUGUACCCUGAGGGCUAUGUAGGUGGAUUAACUCUGGGUGUGGCCUUCGCACAUGUGUCUGUGAGACUCUUAGAAUAAGCGAAUGCAGGCAGAACUGUGAUUA